AUGCUUUUCUUGAACGGAACAAAGGCUAUCAAAACAACAGCUUUACGAUUCAACCAAAGAGCUGGACAAAAAUUUUAUAAAGCAAGAGGAAUGGGAAGAUGUGGUAAUGAAGGAGGUGCUUUGCAUGAUUUACCGGAUUGGAGUUAUACCAACGGAACACCUGGACCAAUCAGUCACGGUGCUGAACAUAAACAAUUAACUAGAAAAUAUUUCGUAGAACGUGUUGUUCGUCUUGCUGUUGAAGCUGACCAAGACGCUUCUAAACUUGUAAAUUUUGAACCAUCAGUUAGAGCUCACCGUCAAAGAGAUGUAUCUUUUUACUUUGAUUUAUUAGAAAAGGGAUAUACAUUGAAAGGAGUUAAAGACCAAGUUAAAGUUUUGAAGGAAUCAGGAAAAAUCCCAAUGUAAAUUCAUAAUAUAGUCAAGGAUAAUUUUCGAA